GAAUGGGUGUGCUGCUGCUCUUUAAAACUGUUGUUUGUCCAGACUUGUCACAAAGUCUUUCUUUCUGAGACUGAGCACAAGACGGAUCCAGAUUCUCCUGAGCAUUUCUAUCAACUCUGAAAAGAUGGACGGACAAUGGAUGACUGUGAUGCUGGUGAUCCUCGUGUCUAAUGGAUGUUCAGCUGUUGUGGACCAGAAUAACCUCGCACUGCUGACGGCAAGAAUCAAAAAUGAGUACAGUAUUCGUGGUAUGUACAGUCUGGCUCUCAGCAUCCAGAGUGAAGACCCAGUAAACCUGCAGAACAUCUUCCAAAAUAACCCCAAGAGGCAGGUUGAACAGGCGAUUUCAGGCAGGCAGGUGUACAGAGGACAACGUCUCGCUGUGGCUGGAGUCAACCAGCCUGAACACGCUGAGUAUCGACUUCUGAACGGCCUACAGCUCGACAGUCAAGAUGGUGACUUGUUGGUCCUCUUUUCUUAUGCCUCCUCUUGUCCCUCUACCUGUACCAACAGCAGGAACCCUUACAAUAUCCUUAAUCCGAUCAGAAACCUCAUCAACAGUGGCAGAUGGAGCAGGCGUGUCUUUGUGUUUGAGAAGAUAUUCAGGCCUCAAAACAGCCAGGGUAUUGAUGAAAGUAAAUUAAAACAGGCCAUCGUAGAGCUCGGAAACUCUGGCAUCGGUCUGGAGAACAUAUAUCGCUGUUACAAACCACAAACACCCAACAGUAAUUUUCAGUGCACCAGCUGCUCAGUGGGGGGGGGGGUGGCAAGUGAGUGUGUCAAUUAUAACGCAAAAUAAAGAGUCAGACCAUCGCUUUACUGUUAAUGAUAAAAGCAGCCGCUCCAUAAGGGUGAUGCAGAUAAAGGAAUGGUUACCAAAAGCUUGCUUGUCUUUAUAGUUAGCAUUGUUACGGUGGCCUGGAAGUGACAACACAGAAUGACAAAGUCUGAAACACUUAGCUUUAAACAAAUCACAUUAACCAAAACUUUUUACAUUGCAUAAAACAUAUUUACAUUAGAAAAACAUUUUUACAAAACUGAAACACUUUCACAAAACUUGAAACAAUUUUACAAUGUCUAUAGAAAAUACCAAUGUCCAAAUUUUACUUCUGAUGAAAAAUGACAAAGUCUGAAACACUUUUUUUUUGUUUUGUAAAAUGUUUUUUUUCUCUGUAGUUUGUAAACCUGUUUUUCUUAUAUAUUUUUUGAAUGAACUAAAAAACAUACUGUGGUGAAUUUGUUUCAACCUUUGUAAAAAUGUUUCAGAUUUUAUUUUCUACAGCACUUCGAGGCCACCAUACAAACCAACAUGAACUGGACUAUUUUGUUAUCUGAUUAAAAAUACUUAAAUCUCAACAGCUUUAUCAACAUUUUAACAUUUGCUUUCUUUUAAUUUGAUGAUUAUGAGUAAUGAAUUAUUUCUGAACCUCUCUGUAAUGUCCUCUUUGAAUAAAGCUUU